AUGGAGGGAAACUAUAAAAGGUCACCGGGAGCACCGGGAUGAUCACUGCAGUCGACUCAAGUCUUGUCUGUGUCAUCUGUACCCUACAAAGCAAAGACACCAGAGCUCAUAAUGGCCUUCGCAGGUGUACUGAAUGAUGCUGAGAUCACUGCAGCCCUGGAUGCGUGCAAAGCUGCUGACUCCUUUGACUACAAGGCUUUCUUCAAGUCAUGCGGUCUGGCCGGCAAGAGCGCCGACGACGUCAAGAAGGCCUUCGCCAUCAUUGACCAGGACAAGAGCGGUUUCAUUGAGGAGGAUGAGCUGAAGCUGUUCCUGCAGAACUUCAGCGCAGGUGCACGCGCACUGACCGACGCCGAGACCAAGGCUUUCCUCAAGGCCGGUGACUCCGACGGUGACGGCAAGAUUGGCGCUGAUGAGUUCGCUGCCUUGGUUAAAGCAUAGAUGCCAAAUGACCAACCACACCUGCUCUGAUGGAACAACAAUGCCCACGUCGACCUCCCCCCUUUUCAUCUGAAUAUAAAUAAUUUUUAUACAUUUGCUUAAGAGACGUUUCCUCCUAUGCAACACACUGUCCAAAAUGAUGAUUGUGAAUGUCGCUCGGUUGUGUUCAUGUCUUAAAUAUGAAUUUUGCUUACUGUAAAAUCUAUGAUGCACUUUCCAGGAACGAACGGUAAAAAAGAAUAAAUAUUCUUUUGCUACGGUCUUA